AUGACGAGCGAAAGCAGUGGGAAUACUGGUGGAGCCAUGGACGAACCUACGGAGAAAAAGCCAAAAGAAUUCUCCGAUUUGCCGGAUCAUGUCCUCCAGAGAAUUAUGGAAAAAGUGGAACCGAGCGAUAGAUUGUCUGUCCGAAAAGUCAAUCGAAAUCUUCGCCAACUCAUUGAUGAAAUGGAUCCUGGAUUUAGAAGUAUUUCAGUUAAUAUUUCUACGCGAAAGGGUGUACUUGUUUCCUACGACAAUGGAUCUUUUAUUCACUAUCAACAAGUUUACGAUGAUUGUGAAAUGUUCGGACGAAAGGAGAAAAAGAGGUUCUUCAAUGAAAAUGCUGUAAAAAUGGCGAUAAAUGACGUCAUCAGAGUGAUGAGUCAUCCGAUGUCAAAUGUGAAACUCUUUCGAACUGGAAUUCCGACAAAGCCGGAGAUGGAAAGAAGUAGAAGCACGGGAAGUGUUAUGAGAUGUGUUGACGUCAUGUCGGAAAUGCUCAGCUCAUCGAAAUUCCCGAAUGUGAAAAGCAUUGAAAUCAAUGGAUUUUCGGCUAUCCAAAUUUUGGAAAUUCUUCCAAGCUUCAAGGCUGGAAAUCUGGAUGAACUAACAUAGGACAGAACUGGAAGAACUACAUCUCGAGAUAUGGAAAGCAUUUAUAAAUCAGAGCAGUGGAAAAGAGCAAAGAUUUUGUGCGCAAAUCGUGGAUUUAUGGAAGUUUCCAUGAAACAUCUUUGUCAUUUCUCCCGUGUUGUCGUCAAUCAAGCGAGAACUUCCAUGCAAACGGCUAUUGAGAUCAGAGAUAUUCUCUUGAAGUCUACAAGUAUUGAGUAUGUCGAUUUCUGCUCACGAGACGGUGUCACGAUCGAUGCGGUUCGCGUUUUUAUUCCAGAAACUGCCAAUGUGAAUCAAACCACGGAUUACGACAAUUUUACAUUUUCCAGCUCGAUGUGCUCUCUUAAUUUUAAAAAGAAAAGGUGA